AUGAGCGCUACUUCCGCCGCAAUGCCCAAGGCCGCGGCUAUUCCCGCCCGUUUACUCCGGAGUACAUCGCGGCAAUAUUCGAAGAGCCCAGCAACCAGCGUUCGGGCCUACCAUGCCUCACCGACUUCAUCAACUGACAAGCGGGUGCGAUGUGGUGCAACUAAUAAGAAGCAAUCUGUGUUUUCCUCGUCAAGGAUUUUCCAUACUACUGCUCCCCUUGCCGCGGUCCCCGACCCAUACAAAGUCUUAGGAGUCGAUAAAAAUGCAUCCGCAGGCGAUAUCAAGAAAGCCUACUAUGGAAUGGCAAAGAAAUACCACCCGGACACCAACAAGGAGCCAAAUGCUAAGGAAAAGUUCGCGGAGGCCCAGACAGCUUACGAGUUACUUUCCGAUCCCAAGAAGCGUGAGAACUACGAUCGAUUUGGCUCCGCAGCGUUCGACCAAAACGGUGGCUUCGAUCCCAGCGCAGCCGGCGGUAACCCGUUCGCAGGUGCCGGUGGGUUCCACGGAUUUGGCGGUGGCUUUGGAGGUGGUUUCCCUGGUGGUUUUGGAGGAGCAGAUAUCAAUUUCGAGGAUCUCUUCGGCGCAUUCACAGGUGGCGCACGUCGUUCUGGUCGAGGCCGACGGGGACCGUUCCAAGAGAUUCUGGUAGGCGAAGACAUUGAAGUCCAGACCAACAUUUCUUUCAUGGAAGCCGCGAAAGGUACAACAAAAGAUAUCGUUAUCACACCUUUGACUCCAUGCGGUACAUGUAGCGGCGACGGGCUUAAGAAAGGCGCCAAACGCACCCAGUGCCGUGUAUGCAACGGCUCUGGAACCCGUGUGCACUUUAUGCAGGGAGGCUUCCAGGUGGCAGCCACUUGUGAUGCCUGUGGAGGUGUAGGCAUGUCUGUCCCAAGGGGCUCGGAGUGUGGCUCCUGCAAUGGCAACGGUGUGGUCAGGGGCAAAAAGACCGUACAGGUUGACAUUCCAGGUGGUGUAGAGGAUGGCAUGCGCUUGCGCGUGAGCAACGAAGGAGAUGCACCACCCACCGGAACAUCUGCCGCACCCGGAGCCCGCACACAACGAGGCGACCUGUACGUGUCCAUUCGGGUCGCUCCUGAUCAUAGAUUCAGCCGUUCCGGUUCCGAUAUUCUCUAUACGGCUCAGAUUCCCCUCACGACUGCUCUUUUGGGUGGUGAAGUAACCGUGCCGACCCUUGAUGGUGAAGUCAAGAUUAAGGUUGGCACGGGUACUGGCACCGGCGACAAGGUCACACUUUCUGGAAUGGGUAUGAAGCGACUUGGUAGUCGUACGAGUCGCUUCAGCCCCACUGGUGAUCUCAAGGUCGAGUUCAAGGUUGCCAUGCCCAAGUACUUGACAGGUAACCAGCGGACUAUCCUAGAAGUUCUUGCGGAUGAGAUGGGUGACAAGACGGCCAAGCGAGUCAUGGACGUUGGAAAGGAUAGCCCACCGUCCGGAGGGGACGCUUCCGCAGGAGACUCCAAAAACGAAGGAUUUCUCAAAUCCGCUUGGCACAAACUCGUGAACAAAGAGACCGGGACUCUACGUUCCGCUAACCUUGUUGACCUCCUGCCUUCCUUUACCCCACAGCUCUCCAUUGCCGAUAAUCCUCCCCUCCUCCCUUCCACUGCGCAAGCCCACCCAGCUAUUCUUUCGCCCUCAUACCCCCAGUUCGGCUCCGUUGUAUUUUCUCCGUCUGUGGAUGGGAGCUCCCGGCUCCUUCCGACCUACAAGAUGGUUCAGUCGCCAAUGAUCUCAUGUCCGCUGAAGCAGACCAACGAAAUUGAUUGGAUCCAACCACUCAAGGACUACAUACGCCAGACCUAUGGUGAAGACCCCGAAAGAUAUGGCCAAGAAUGCGCAACCCUCAACAGAUUGCGCCAGGAUAUGAGAGGUGCAGGGAAAGAUAGUGCGACAGGGCGCGACCUAUUGUAUCGGUAUUAUGGGCAGCUGGAGCUCCUCGAUCUGAGGUUUCCUGUGGACGAAAAUCACAUUAAAAUAUCAUUCACUUGGUACGAUGCUUUCACACAUAAGCCCACCUCUCAAUACUCCCUAGCUUUCGAGAAAGCCUCAAUCAUUUUCAACAUAUCCGCCGUCCUGUCCUGUCAUGCUGCGAAUCAGAACCGGGCGGAGGAUUCGGGCCUGAAAACCGCCUAUCACUCAUUCCAGGCGGCCGCGGGGAUGUUUACCUAUAUCAAUGAGAACUUCCUACACGCACCGUCGACCGACCUGAACCGAGAGACUGUUAAGACUCUAAUCAAUAUCACCCUAGCCCAGGGUCAAGAGGUCUUCCUCGAGAAACAAGUGGCCGACCAGAAGAAAGUCGGCUUCCUUGCAAAACUCGCCAGUCAAUCAGCAUAUCUAUACUCACAGGCAGUUGAGGGGAUGCAAGAGUAUGCGAAGGGUGUCUUUGAGAAGGUCUGGGUGGUUGUGGUUCAAGCUAAAGCGGCGCAUAUGGCUUCGGUGGCUUCUUAUUACCAAGCCAUGGCUGACAGUGAGAGCGGAUCGCAUGGGGUGGCCAUCGCUAGGCUUCAGCUAGCCGAGAAGAACUCAACUGCUGCAUUGAGUUGGGCAAAGUCCUUCCCAUCAUCCGUACCUCCCAAUUCAAACCUGAGCGCCGAGUCGGGCUCUACUCUGUUGGACAUCGUCAAAUAUCAUCUUGCAACUGUACAGGCUAAUCUCGUGACAUUCACUAAGGACAAUGAUUUCAUCUACCACCAGCCAGUUCCGAACGAAGCGGGCCUGUCGGCUGUUGCAAAGCUGCCUGCGGCGAAGGCCAUCCCAGUCAGCGAGCUCUAUCAGGGACAGGAUAUCCAGCGGAUCAUCGGGCCGGAUAUCUUUCAGAAACUCGUACCUAUGUCUGUCACGGAGACAGCCAGUCUCUAUGACGAGGAAAAGGCGAAGUUGAUACGGGCGGAAACGGAGAAAGUUGAAACAGCAAAUGGAGAAAUGGCCGCGAGUUUGGACUACCUGAAGUUACCUGGAAGCUUGAACAUUCUCAAGGGCGGGAUGGACCAGGAGAUGACAGUCGAUGACGAGUUCCGACGAUGGUGUCAAGAUCUUGCGGGGCAUCAAUCUUUCACCAAAGCGUUUGAUAGUUUGCAGGAGCGCAAAUCGGAAACGCUGGCCCAGCUAGAUCAAUGCGCUAAGCAACUUGACCUGGAGGAAAGUGUUUGCGAAAAGAUGCGCUCUAAGUACGGACCUGACUGGAGUCAGCAGCCUAGUGCAAGGCUAAAUACUACACUACGCGGCGAUGUUCGUACAUAUCGGGACACCGUCAAUGAAGCCAGUGCCAGCGAUUCUCAACUCCUCUCUACAUUUCGACAGUAUGAGUCGGACUUUGAUGAGAUGCGAUCUGCGGGAGAAACAGACGAGGCCGAUGUAUUGUUCCAGCGGGCGAUGAUCAAGGCCGGGUCUAAGUUUGGCAAAGGCAAGAAUGGCCACAGUAGCCCUUACGCGCCAACAUCGGAAGUAAGCUUGAUAGACGAUGUUUACGAUGAGGGAGGGCUUUCGGUGGCGGAACAGAUUUCCAUGGUUGAGUCCAUUCUCAAGAAGUUGAACUUGCUCAAGCGAGAACGGUCCCAGGUCUUGAAAGACCUGAAAGAGAAGGUUCACACUGAUGACAUAUCGAAUGUGCUCAUACUGAACAAGAAGUCCAUUGCUGGGCAGGAGGCGCAGCUUUUCGAAGCUGAAUUGGAGAAAUUCCGCCCACACCAAAACCGGUUGCUACAAGCCAACCAUAAGCAAGCCUCACUAAUGAAAGAGCUCACUAAAAUCUAUGGCGACUUGCUUCAGGACAAGCGAGUGCGGGCCGAACAGUCGAAAUAUGAAACCAUAACCCGCCAAAGAAAUGCAGUCAUGGCGCGGUAUAAAAAGGUAUACGAUGCGUUCAAUGGCCUGCUAUCGGGAGUUAGACAAGCACAGACCUUUUAUACCGAAAUGGGCGACACAGUGGAGAGCCUGAGGAAGAAUGUGGAAACUUUCAUCAACAAUCGGAGGUCUGAAGGCGCUCAGCUUUUAGGGCAAAUCGAACGCGAGAAGGCGAGUAGUGCGACGGAACAGGAGGAUCGUGAACGGGAAAAGCUCAGGCAGUUGAUGGAACGUCUUUCCACUGAGCCUAAGCCGUCUUCUUCCUCGUCUUCAGGGGUUCCGACAAAGGUGAAGUCUCCUCCGCCUCCUGUGCAGACACCCAGCUAUCCAGGUCCUGGCAUAUCCUCGCCGAAGAUGUCGCCGCGUUAUCCUCCUGUCGCAGGACAAUCCCACGGACCCCCGCUCUCUCACUCUCCGGCACCGUAUGGUCAAUACACAAGCUCUGGGGCCGGCGUUUCAUACGUGCCGGGCCAACCUUUCCAACAGGGGGCGGCAGCACCGCUCACUGAGAGCUAUAACCCCAUGGCGUAUCCCUUCCCCGCCUCCGCCUCGCCUCCUCCAACCCAACAAUAUUUUUCGUCCACACCCACCCCAUACAGCGGCUACUCCAAUCCAACUCCACCCACUGCACCCUCGCAAUUUAUGCCUCAGGGGUACGUCCCGCCUCCCCCGCCACCGCGUCCCCAGCAAACCUCGUAUGCCCCGUCCACGGGACCCUUCCCCUCUGGCCCUGGCGGAUACGCCCAAAGCAGACCGUACGGCUCAAGUCAGCAUCACAAGGUGCAGUCCCAAUCCUCACAGUCGCAAGGCCAGCCCGCGUCAGCCGAUCCUUGGGCGGGUCUCAACGCAUGGAAAUAA